GACUCCCCGGGGUCCUGCAGCGGGAGGCCCCGCCCCAUGGGGGCCCCCUGGCAGUGGGGGGAGGGUAGGCACCGACCCGACCUCUCGUCUGCUGCGGGGCGGCCUGUAAAGAAGCUGCUCCUGAUACCGGUCACGCGUGGGGCGAGGGAAGGCCCUGUCUGGAUCACUGGGCCCCGCAUGCGUGCACGCCCUCCACCCAUCUGUGCAGUAGGGAUAACAAUGUUCACUGGAGACUGAACGAUAAUGUAUGAACAGUGCUUUGAAAUGUAAAAUAUAAUUGCUUGGACACAACAGUCUCCUAAAUAUGAAGUUUUUUAAUAUGGUUCUGAGAAGCAUUGUGAAACAUUCUGUUUUUCCAUUUGCUAUGCAGAAUGGGACAAAAAAAUAUUUGUUUUUAACAGCUCCCCAGAGGUCAUUUCCAUGUAGAACACUGAUUUUGUCUCCUGCCCUCAAGAAGCAGAUUUCAUCCAGCCCUACUGAGAAGCUAGAUUUGGAUGGGUGGAAAAAUGUCAUGAGAUCUGGAAUUCAAGAGGAAGUCAGUGAGACAUCUGAGAGUGAGGAGGAUUCCACUUUAGCUGCCACAAGGGAACUUGUGGAGAUGUGGAGGCUAGCUGGCAAAACGGUUCCAGAAAAUAUCCGUGAAGAAGAGUUAAAGACCCUUAUGGAAUGUUCCACUAAGUCAUCCAAGAAGAAGUAUUUAAAAUACUUAGCUGUCAAAGAAAAACUGAAGAAAGCUAGUAAAGUAAAGCAGGAAAAGCAAAAGGAAGCAAAGAAGGAAAGGCUGGAAAAGGCUAAAGAAAAUGAUACUGGUGAGCUGAAGAAUACUUUCUUAUUGCAGUUUUGGUCCAAGUCUAUAGAUAAGGUGUAUAACUGGAGGGCUGCUCAGGCUAUGAUCUUUGGCCAGCCUCUAGUAUUUGACAUGGCUUAUGAAAAUUACAUGUCACGUAGAGAAAUGGAGAACACAGUGAAUCAGCUAAUGGAGACCGAAGGGUGGAAUCGAAGAGCUAUUGAUCCUUUUCAUUUACAUUUCUGUAAUCUCAAAGUAGAUGGCCCAUAUCAUAAAGAAUUUGCUAAGCGCUAUGGGGAGGCAUGGAACAAUUUACUUGUGACUGUGACGGAACAGUCUCACACAGAUGUCUUUCCAAAAGACAAGCUCAUCUACUUAACUGCUGACUCUCCCAAUGUAAUGAAGACGUUUCAGCAUGAUAAAAUCUAUAUAGUUGGAUCAAUGGUUGACAGGAAUAUACAGACUGGAAUCUCUCUUGCACAUGCAAAACGCUUGAAAUUAACAACUGAACGUCUUCCACUGGAGAGGUACUUGAAGUGGGAAACUGGUGCCAAAAAUCUCACAUUGGACCAAAUGAUUCGUAUUUUAUUAACUUUAAAAGACACUGAAGAUUGGAUGGAAGCACUGAAAUUUGUUCCAAAAAGAAAAUACGAAGCUUUUGUAGAUACAUCUUUAUAUUCAAAGCAUAAAACUGAUACAGGGCGAAGAACAAAGGUGUCUGAAUUUAGCAAUAGUCAGGAAAAGGUAAAGAAGCCCUUUGCAGAGAAUUCCUUCAGGAAGCAAACACAGAAAAAAUGGUGGGUAGCUGAAGAAUCUUAAGGGCAAAUUAUACUGUUAAUAGCCUUAAAUUUCCAUUGACUUCUGUGGGAAUUUGAUGAAAAACUGAAGGGUAAAAGAGUAACUAGAACUUCUGCCUGAUAUGAGUUUUUAUAACCUUUGUAUUGCAGUUAUUUAAACAGAAACUUAACAGGAUUGGGGGGGAGGGAGGGAGAGAUGGAGAAUCCAUGUGAAGAAAAGCUGUGAUAAUCAAAUCUACAAAUAGCACCAUAAGAAAGAAUGUAAUUAAAUUUAAUAAAACUGUGAUGAAUAUAUUUCAUUUAAACCCUUACUUGUUCAACACCAAAUGCUGUAAUGCACUUGAUUAGUUCAUGGACUGAAAUAUGGUAAAUAUAGGAAUUGUAAGAGGCUAGUUAGAUAUCAGUAAUGUAAAGGAUGUAAUGCAAAUGCCUCAGUAAAUGUUUGCAAACCGUAGCCUUUCUGUCUGUUUACAAGUCUAAUCAUGUCUUGAAUACUGAUCUUAGAAUGUAGCUGAUUUGCCCAUUGGCUCGUACCCUAGUGAAUAAGUUGUAGUUUUGUUUUCCUAGGGUUUUCCUUGUUUUUUAGACAGAUCUCAUGAUGAUGCUGCAUGAUUUAUUCAAAGUAUUUUAGUAUCUGAUUUGAUGCCUUGCGAAUGUAAACAUAAACCAAUCAGACCUGUGGUUCUAAAAUUUACUCACCUUGUGGAAGUGAGCUAUGUGGGCCAAUGUAAGACUUUUUUUUAAAUAUAUGUUUUUGUCCUUUUAUCAUAUGGAUUUUCCAAUCCUCUACAGCUUUUGAAAAUAAUAAACACUGAUACUUGUAAUA